AUGGGACCAUACCCACGUUCCGGUAAGGGAAAAUCAUACAUACUGGUAGCAACCGACUGUUUUAGUAGAUGGACCGAGGCUUACCCCCUAGGAACAGCAACCUCUAAAACAAUAAUCGAAACACUAGAACGCGAGUUCUUCUCACGUUUCGGUUACCCGCGCUUGUGUCUCAGUGAUAACGGCACCCAAUUCGUAUCGAACGAAAUUUUAAACGCGUUAGAACGUUGGGGAACACAGGGUUGGACAACUCCGAUUUACCAUCCGAGGGCCAACCCGGUCGAACGCCGAAAUCAAGAUUUGAAAAAAGGGUUGCGCGCCCAGCUGGUUGAUGGCAACCACAAAUCUUGGGACAUAAAACUACCCGCAAUUCUAUUUUCGAUACGGAACAGGUGUAACGAACAGAAAUGCUACUCACCCGUGGUCCUCGUUCUCGGUAGGGAAUAUAAAAGACCCGGAGAUUGGGCGCUGUCAAAUUCAACACCGGUCAGUAUCGGGAAAUCGCAGGAAGAAAGGGUAGUGCGUGAGCAACAUGUUUUGGGCAAGAAGGUAGGGGUACAACCGAGUGCGAACACCGCGACACCGGUGAAGUUCGGCAAGGGCGAUGUAGUAAACUACAAAGCACACCACCUAUCAAAGGCACACAAAGAUUUCCACGCCGGAUUCGCACCAAAGUGGUGGGGACCGGUAAGGCUGGAGAGGCAGGUCGGGAAAGGUGUUUUCCUCACCGACCAACAGCCACCGCGGAAAAUACAUGUGUCCUGCCUAAAACGCGCACCGCAUAACGAGAUUGCCAAAUAA